AGUAGCAGUGGUGGUGAUGUUGGGUGUUCAAUUGUAUGGAUAUACCAUAAUUUAUCUAUUUCACCUAUUGAUGAAUAUUUGGGUUAUUUCUGAUUUUUAGUUAUUAUGAAUAAGGCUGCUACAACCAUUUGUAUAUAGUCCUUGUGUGGACAUAUGUUUUCAUUUCUCUUGGAAAAAUACCUAGGAGUGAACCUACUGGAUUGUUAGGAGGUGAUAGUUCUACAGCCUACUUCCCCCACGCCAUCCUCUGUUACUGGAGGUUCCCCUACUCCACGUUCCCAGCAGCAGGGCUACCAAGAUUCUCCUUCCAUCAGUUCCAGGACACUGUCCUCUCCUUCUGUGAUGGCAUGCUCAUGGACCUGCUCCCGCAUCCUGGGGCUGAGCCUGGGGACUGCAGCCGUGUUUGCUGCUGGUGCCAACAUGGUGCUCCUCUUUCCUAACUGGGAUGUGACCUACCUGUUGAGGGGACUCAUUGGCAGGCAUGCCAUGCUGGGCUCUGGGCUCUGGGGAGGAGGCCUCAUGGUAUUCACUGCAGCUACUCUCAUCUCCUUGAUGGGCUGGAGAUAUGGCUGCUUCAGUAAGAGUGGGCCCUGCCAAAGUAUGCUUACUUCUCUGUUGUCAAGUGGCCUGGCUUUGCUUGGAGCCUUGAUUUGCUUUAUCACUUCUGGAGUAGCCCUGAAAGAUGGUCCUUUUUGCAUGUUCGAUGUGUCAUCCUUCAAUCAGACACAAGCUUGGAAGUAUGGUUACCCCUUCAAAGACAUGCAUAACAGGAAUUACUUGCAUGACCAGUCACUCUGGAAUUCCGUGUGCCUGGAGCCCUCUAAAGCUGUUGUUUGGCACGUGUCUUUCUUCUCUGUCCUUCUGUGCAUCAGCUUCCUCCAGAUUCUCCUGGUGGUCAUUCAUUUCAUCAACAGCUUCCUGGGCCUUUUCUGCAGCCUCUGUGUGACGUGAGAGCUGCUGGCCCACGAGGUUCACCCAGGAUGGGGAAGGUGGAUGGAUAGAGCUGUCAGGAACAGAAAGAAGCACAGCCUCUUGAGCUGGUAGGGAGUCCUGAAGUCCAGACACCACAUUAUGUACCCACAAACAGCAUCCAGGAAGCAUUCCCUAAGUCUCACAUUUCCCGGUUGGCUGAUUUAGUUUCAGGGUUAUGGCUAGGAUGUGCCAGAUCCACAGAAGCUUCUCCUGCAGUAAAAAGGUACUGACACCUCCAAACAAUUAACGGAGAAGUUAAACUUAAUUUAUAUCUAGUUUUGGGCAUGUUAGGCACACACUCACAUGCACGCGCACACACACACUCCAGGUGCACAAUCUGCAUCCUGGCUCAGCCCCACUGAUGGCUCAGCAGGACACCCAGGUGAGAGAAUUCUGUCCUUGGCCCCACAAAGUUGACAGUGGAGAGUUGCCUCUUUCAUGCCUGAGCUUCCUCCGUCCUUUGAGGGAACUCAGAAUGAUGUUAUUGUCGAAUUUGACAGGACUUCAAAGGACAAUGUCGCCAAUCACUGCCUCAG